GAACACAGAAACCUUCGAAGACUCCGUUUGUCUCGCCGGAAAAAUCUUCGCCGACGACAUCUCCGGCGAAUUUCCGGAUGUGUGCUACUUUGCGCCUUAUGCGCAUUAAUUUCAAGGGAAGUUGCAUUUGCAUUUUUUAAGUAUGCUGUUCAAGAUUAUGGAGAGGAUACAAUGAAGGGAUGUUGUAUCAGUGCACAUAUUUUGGCUGCUGGAGAGUUGAGGUUAUUGGCACAGGAUAUGCUUUCUUGGAUUGUUAAGAGGGUUGGAAAGUGUAGGAGUGAUGAGGUUGUGGAGUUCAUGUGGAGGGAGCAUUAUAAGUAUGAGAGUGAUUUUUCUGUUCUUGAUUCAUUAAUGCGGGCUUUUUUAACCGCGGAAAUGGUAUCAGGUGCAUUAGAGAUUUGGAGUAGGAUGAGGGAUAAUGGAUUGAGGCCGAGCUCAUCUGCUGUUGCUAUUCUGUUUAAGUUGUUGCUUAGGAUUGGUGAUUAUGGUAGUGUCUGGAAGUUACUUAGGGAUAUGUUGUGUAAAGGGCCUCGUCCCUCUAGCAAUCUCUUUAAUGUAAUGAUUCUUGGAUAUUGUAGGAAAGGUAGACUUCAGACAGGAGAAAGUUUGUUUCAUCUAAUGCGGAAGUUUGGAUGUGAGCCAGAUGUUUUUACAUAUAAUAUUUUGAUCAAUGCAUACUGCAUUAGGGGAUGGACUUCACAUGCAUCGAAUUGGGUGCAUAUGAUGGCUGAAGAUGGAUGUAGUCCUAGUAUCUCUACCUUUAGUACAAUUAUCAACGCUCUAUGCAAGGAAGGCAACGUGGUGGAAGCCAGAAAAUUGUUUGAUGGAAUGCAAGAUGUGGGUGUCUUUCCUAGCACUGUCACGUAUAACGCUCUGAUGGAUGGCUACGUUAAAGCACGGAAAGUUUUUCAAGCAAGUAUGCUAUAUGAAGAAAUGAAAAAGAAUGGUGUAGCUCCAGAUGCUAUAACUUUUAACAUUUUGGUGGCAGGUCACUAUAAGUAUGGUAGGGAAGAGGACGGCGACCGACUAUUAUGGGAUCUAACAGUGGCAGGACUUUCUCCAGAUUAUUUAUUCUCUGAUGCAUCUAUUGCUGGAUUGUGUUGGGCAGGAAGGCUGAACGAGGCUGUGGUGUUGUUGGAUAAUCUGCUUGAAAAGGGAAUUCCUGUUAGUGUAAUAGCUUUUAAUUCCAUCAUUGCUGCUUACAGCAAAGAAGGGUUAGAAGAAAAAGCAUUUGAAGUCUAUAAUAUUAUGGUUCAAUUUGGUCAAACUCCUUCAGCUUCAACAUGUUCUUCUCUGCUCCUAGGCUUCUCAAUGACAGGGAGGCUGCAAGAAGCAAGAGAUUUAAUGGCUAAGAUGAUUACAAUGUCCUUUCCUAUUAACAUAACUGCUUGCACUGUGCUUCUGGAUGGAUAUUUUAAGAAAGGGGAUGUAAUGGGAGCUAGAACACUGUGGGAAGAAAUGGAAAAGAUGGGAAUUGCUCUUGAUGCUGUUGCUUUUUCUGCAUUGAUAGAUGGGCUUGUCAAAGCAUGCUCUGUUGGAGACGCGUAUGAUGCCUUUUUUCAGAUGUUAAGGAAAGGGCUUGUACCAAAUAACUUUGUUUAUAAUUCGCUAAUUACUGGUUUAUGUAAUAGCGGAAACAUGUAUGAGGCUCAGAAAUUAGAAAAGGACAUGAGGGAAAGGGGUCUGCUCCCAGAUGUCUUUACAAUUAAUACCAUCAUUAAUGGCUUCUGCAAACAGGGAAGGAUGAAGUUAGCUGUUGACAGUUUUGUGGAAAUGCAGCGAAGUGGUUUACAACCUGAUAUUGUUACAUAUAAUACCUUGAUCAAUGGAUUCUGUAAGGCCUUUGAUGUGGUUAAUGCAGAUAACUUUAUGAAAAGAAUGUAUGCCAGUGGAUUGGAACCUGACAUCACAACCUACAAUAUAUGGCUUCAUGAUCUCUGUAGCACUAGGAGGAUAAAUCGUGCUGCUAUGAUGCUUGAUGAGCUAGUAUCUGCUGGUGUGCUGCCAAAUACAGUUACAUACAACACUAUGAUGAAUACUGCUUGCAAUGACAUAUUGGACCGUGCAAUGAUUUUGACGGCAAAGUUGCUUAAGAUGGCAUUCAUCCCAAACACUGUUACAGCGAAUUUACUACUUUCUCACCUAUGGAAGCAGGGACUACCUCAGCGCACGUUGAUUUGGGGGAAGAAGUUGACCGAAAUUGGUUUUGAGUUUGACGAAAUAACACAUAAAAUAUUGGAUAAAGCUUCUCAUUGUAUACAAGAAAAAGCAGAUUAUUGUACAGAAACAACAGAAAAGAGUCUCUUUCUAGACUUCCUCAUGUACAUUACCUACGACUUCUUACGUAGAAGUAGGGCUUAUACUGAUAAUAAUGAUAGCUCUUUUGAACUUGUUGAGGAUGGACCUUUUGGGUCCUUCAAGUUAGUCAACAAGGCAACUGUAUAGCCAAUCUGACGAAAGGGCAAGAAACUUAAUGACUACCAGCCUGGAAAUUCUUCUGAAAAAAAUGACUACAGAAAAACCUACUGAAAGAACCAAUGCAGGUUCAGUAAGUUUUCAAAUGCUGAAGAAGCUUGGAUUUCUUAUAACCAAUGAUGCUUCCCGACACUGAAGUUGGUACCUGCAUCAUGAAGCUGCAGUUUCUAUGGCAAGUUGCAAAACUUGUGAAUGGUGUUUGGAGAUUCAAAUCGUCUCCAGAGAACAGCUUGAAAAAGAUUCUGUGAUGACUCCUUUAUCAGCCCUCUGUACACCUGCGGGAGAAUAGACUUAGAUGCUGCUCUAUGUCCGGAAUUUCCCUGAUGUUUUCUUUGAGUUGAUAGCAAAGGUUAUGGAAAGUAAAUUAUUGCUAUUGCAGUUUGCGCAUGUGCCUAAAGAUUUGAUCCUGAAAAGAAAUGUCAUGGUGAAUGAUAAAAUAUCAAGAGCUAUAUUAUGGGAAACAUAGCUACAGCAGUAAAUUCCCGAGGAUCGUGAAUUUGUUGUUGUAAAGUUUUACCAGCUACUGUCGAGCAAAAAGAGUUUUCCAGCUUCUGUGAUUGUUACCAGAAGUUUUGCGGACCCUGGUCCAAAUAGAGCAAAAUGGAUAAUGAGGAUUCAUAUGCGGACCCAACUAGCCUGGGAUUUGUUGUUGAUGUUUUCAAACCUCCCAACGAUGAUGGAUCUGAGGGCUUUGUCCAAACUACUGGCGAUCGAUGCCAUCAUGGUCCUUUGCUGCAGACUCUUGGAAUGGCACCGGUGUUUGUGCCAUUAGGUAGGAUCAUGGCUAUGCUAGGAAUAGGACCUGUUCUGGACUUUUGGGAAGCUAGAAAGUUUAUAACCUGAGUAGUAUCAGCAGGAGUCUCCACACAAUAGGUGUGUUUUCGAUACCCUUUUCCCCUCUCCCCUGAACCACCACCACCACCACCACCAAUGUAGUAGUUGUGUAAUUUGAUCAACAAUAAUUACGCCUCAGUCCUUGAUUAUUUUUAUGUUGAUGUAGUUUAUUUUUCCUUCCAUAUCAUUUGUAGUGUACAUGUAACAAACUUUCUUAGGAACAAUAAAAAAAGAAAAAUCAGUUGCUUCUUCAAUACGUCCAAUGCAUUGAAUUCAGUAAGUAGUCAACAUAGCGUGUCUAGUUGGUAGGUCGAUAUUUGGUUUAUUGCACUUAUAUUCGUCAAAGAUACCGUAAGAUGUGGUUAAAUAGUAAUAAUUUAAUCAACUGGCUGUUAUUUUUU